AUGGAGAAAGAGACGCACACCAUAACAACCAUGGAGGAACAGGAGCACAUUUUAACAACCACAGAGAAAGGGGUGCCCAAUAAAGCAAUAAUGGAGGAAGGGACACACACAGUAAUAACUAUGGAUACAUGGGCGCACACCAUAACAACUACGGAGAAAGGGGCUUCAAAGUCACAAUCAGAGAAAGGGGCACAUACAGUCACAGUCAAGAGGAAUAAAAAGCAGGAAAAGGGGAACACAAAGUCACAGGCAGUCACUCACUCACUGAGCACUCACAUUGAAGAAGAAAAGGAGACACAAACAAUAAAAGGCAAUGAGAAGGAAAAGCACAGUCACAAACGUAGUAACACAGAGAAAGGAAGCUUACUGCAGGGCCAGGCAGAGAUAGAGACACCAAUUUGA